AUUGCGUAAACUUGACAAUUUCUGUGAUCUGUCAUUCUAAGAACGGAAUAAGCCUAUAUUAUUAAAAACAUAAUUACCCACCACAAAUGAUUACUCUAACAACGAAUAAAUAACCUUCAUUUAUUAUUAUUGUCUAAUACACACAAAUUACAGGUAGCUACUUAAUUUGAGUUAUUUAUUUAUGAAAAACAUGCCGGUAGAAUUAAAUAGCUUGACAGAAGGAUGGCUCGAGUUAGAAAGUGAUCCUGGAUUGUUUACCUUAUUGCUGGAGGAUUUCGGUGUAAAAGGAGUUCAAGUCGAAGAAAUUUAUGAUUUGCACAAACCGUUGGAGAGUCCGGUGUAUGGUUUUAUUUUCUUAUUUCGCUGGAUAGAGGAACGCAGAUCGCGACGUAAAUUCGUUGAACAAAUCGAGAGUUUUGUACGUGAUGAAGAGACUAUCAAUAACAUAUUUUUCGCACAGCAAAUGGUGCCAAACAGCUGUGCCACACAUGCUUUACUCUCAAUAUUACUUAACUGCCCAAAUCUACAUUUGGGCGAAACUUUAAGCCGAUUAAAGCAUCAUACGUUAGGAAUGAAUCCAGAAAACAAAGGCUGGGCAAUUGGUAAUACACCGGAGUUAGCUUGUGCUCACAACUCACAUGCUAUUCCUCAAGCUCGGAAAAAGACUGACAAAAACGCAGGAGUCUCUACUGGCCGCUUCACAGGUGAAGCUUACCACUUUGUGAGCUUUGUACCCAUAAAUGGACACUUAUUUGAACUGGAUGGACUGAAACCAUAUCCAACUGAUCAUGGUCCUUGGGCUUCUGAUGAGGACUGGACUGAUAAGUUCAGAAGGGUGAUGGCGGAGAGACUGGGCAGAGAUGCUGGAGAACAGGUUCAUGACAUAAGAUUUAAUUUGAUGGCAGUAGUACCAGACAGGAGAAUUGCUUUAACACAAAAGUUAUCUUUACUUGAAAUGAACCAGAAAAGGGUUAAGGAAGCCAUUUCGAAAAUAGGAAAACAUUUACGUCACUUGUUGGCUAAAAGCAGGGAUUAUUCAGGUCGCAAGUAAUGACAACUCCUGAAUGAUAGUUUAGUUCACAUAAGUGAGGAAACCAUACUGACAGCAUUAGAGGCGUCACAAGUACACAUGUUCAGCUUGGACUACACCAUGCCAAUUACAAUUGAGAUUGGUGCUCUAGAUAGGCCGCAACAAGAUAAUAGUAUUAUUUUAGUUGAUCCCAUCGAACAAAACACUGUGGUCAAAUUUAUUACAGUUAAUAGAGAUAAUCAAAUUAUUGGUGAUAUAUAUCCCACCUCAACAACGGCGCUGGUCAGAAGCAGUGAGUUGCCAGUAUUGGCGUGUUCUGAAACAGCCCCCGAACAACCGUUAAAAUUACGAAAAUUAUUGUUAUCCCACACCGACCUGAACAUGCUGAUGAGUAGCAUCAUCAGCGAGGUGCAGUCGUGUCAGCAGGCUCUGAACGACGAAAACGAUAAACGGGAUAUGUAUAAGGUGGACGACUGUCGCCGCACGCAUAACUACGACGAGUUUAUCUGCACCUUCCUGUCGAUGCUGGCGGAACGCGGCGCGCUGGCGGAGCUGGUGGCGGCGCAACUGGACCGCGUGCGGACGCCGCGCGUGCGCCGCCGCCGCCCGCGCCCCCGGCCCCGCGCACGCCCCCGGCCUCGUCCGCGCGCACGCAAAUAGCCACACACGUGGAGCCGUACAGCUCGACCGCGUGCGUGCACCACGCAUGCACCGCCGUCACCCACGCCCGCAGCCCCGCGCGUCCUUUAGUACACACACACUUAUACCCUACUACCAGUUUAAUUACACAAUGCUGUUUUUGGAGUUGUUCUAUAUGCUUAUGUUCACUGCCAUAACAACCGAUUAAAAAUUACGCACAUAAUAUUAUAUAGAGUUGAUUUUACAGGACGGGAAAUAAGGGUAGCUACAGAGGCGGCUCUAGCUUAUUUGCCGCCCGUGUGCAAUCAAUUCCUUCGCGCCUCCUAGGAUACAAUGUAAUCUUAAUUUUGAUACUUAAUAUUAAAUCAAAAGUUUUGUAAAGUAAAGAAGCCGCUCGGCGGCCUUAUCACGGGCUCAGGUUGAUAGUCUCUUUGAAAGGUGUCGUCUGGCGCCCCCCUAACAAACUGCGCCCGAGUGCAGCGCACACCCUGCACAAUAGGUAAAGCCGCCUCUGGAUAGCUAGCUAUAUUAACCAUUAAAUGGUUGAGAACUUUUAAUGUCCGAAAUAGCUUAAAACAUUCUCCAUACUUUGUAUUGAUGGUUAGAUAAUAAAUAUUCAGGAAUUGAUAAAUAUCAAAAAUCUCAAACUGAUUUUUAGCUACUAACUGUAGGUACUAAAAGUAUAAGUGCAAGAGCUUACUGGCCCAUCUAAAAAAUCCAUCUUGUGUAAUAUUAUAAUGGUCUUUUAUUAAUUUUGAUUGUUAGUAUUAUGUUAAAACAGCAUUGUCUAAAUAAGCUCAUACACAAUCAUGUCAAUGGACAACAAAAUAACUUGCAUAUUUAAAAUGUAAUACUAUGACGUAUAAACACCCUUCAUAUAUUAUAAUACGCAUUUUUUUAGAAUCCUUACUUACAUAGAUCUUGAAAUAAACAUUUAUAUAAUAUUUAUUGUACAUUUAAAUUAGAGUAGGCACUAAAUGCGCCUCUGCCUACUCCGUGAGGAAAAAAAAAGUGAAUGUGUUUGUAAAUGUGUGUUUGCACGAGUUCCUUUUAUAAAUCUAUGUGACUAAAGAACCAUGGCGAACUAUAUGUAAAAAUAGUUGAAAUGGCAGUUAUCAUCAAAUUGAUGUCUUUUAUAUUUAUGAAGCUAAUAUUUUCUUGUUAAAUUAUUAUCAUAACCGAUCUAGUGUUAUGUUAAAUGUAGUACUGUUGUUUUAUCAAUUGAUAAUAACUUGGUAUCAGUUUCUUAUUAGAACAUGCGUAUAUACUCAUGAGGAUAACCGAUGGAAAUAAAUGAAAAACGAGUUUUAAAAA